CACAGAAAGGCAAAACAGUAACAAAAUGGUAAAUAAAAACAUCAAAUCAGAUAAAGCUCCCCCAUUUACUUCAAGCCAUUCACAAAUGCUGUUGAGAUGUGGAAUUCGAUUUGGCAAACUAUCUACACAUUUCAACCCGUUUUUUCAUCAACAACACUACACCAUUGACGAAGAUUUGGCAGCCGUCAAAGCACAACAUCGAAAUUACCUACCGCACAGUUUACCUCGGCAUUCGUUCAAAAGAAUAAAACUGGCGAGCACAAAGACUCGGUUGUCGUGACAGGGACGCAAAACGCUUGACAGGUAAAUUGGAACACAAAUACACUUCGGCGGAACUCUACGCAACAACACCUCUGCUGAAGGUGCUGAAUAACUCUCGAAUAGGGAAGAACUAGGUGCUAUGUUUAAAGUUAUGGGAGUUAUAAGGAUAACUAUGGGUGACAAAAAAUUCUGCUAUGAACCGAGGGAAUCCUUCAACGCUGAAAAAAUCUUCAUCCAUCGUCUAUGACGAUUCUUCUCUUGAAGACGUUUAUUUGGACAUCGACGAAGGUGACCUUAUUUCCGAACAAAGUUCCAAACACUCAAGAUCAUCUAAACUUCAAAAUAAUGAAUCUCGGCCCUCGUCAGUAACUACCACAGAGUGGGAAGAAGCAUUGGCUAGCAUGGCCAAUAGCGAAAGUUUUCCAGCUAGCACACCAGCCAGUAGUUCUGGAACAUCCCCACUGACAGGACUUUCAAGUCAGGGAGUAUCUCCAAGCAUUCACAAUCUUGAACAAGCAUUCCCUUUUAGCAUUCCGGAUGACGUUGACCAGUCUUUAUCGUCCAUGAGCGAUGUCUUGCAGGUGGAAAAAGACUUUAUGGAAUACGUCAUGUCCUUUCCUCUUAAUGUGUCGAACGUUCCAGCUCAACUGCUGCCAGAACAACAACCAACAAACUCAAAGAAACACCAAAAUGAUCCCAAUCCCAAAGUUGGAUUGGAUCAUUUGGACAAUUUAUGCAAACUUAUGGAACAGUUGAGUGAUUUAAAAGAAGCAAACAUUAAAUUGAAGCGCAGAGUACAGUAUCUGGAAGAUAUUAAGACUUUGCACGAAAUCCACAAGGAGAUGGUUGGGGAAAGGAAGGUUUACAGCUCAGGGCUCAGUGAGGAUGACGUCCAACAACUUCAAGAAUCUGGAGAAAGGACAAUUUCAGAUGAAAGUCCUGAAGAUAGCAACCAUUUAGCAGCUAUCUCUCAGGAGGAAUUGUACAAGCUGUACCGGAGUAAAACUGAUAAUCAUCUUACUGCGGAUUAUAAAGGCGAAAGAGGUCACAAGAGUCGCAGUGCGACAGCAAAUAAAGAAAGGCGGGAAAGAAGUAAGUCAGUUGGACAUGCUGGCCAUUCGAAGAACAAAAAACGUCCUUCACGUUGGUCAAAAGUGAAAGAAGUGCUCGGGAUAGAAAAAACUGAUGAAAUGUCAGUUAGUGCAUCGGAUGAUCCGACUGAUCGAAUUGUUGAUGCGAAUGAUAAAGGCAAAUCUGGUAGAAAAGAGAAUGAAAGUGUAAAAUCUUAUAAAUUGACGAAUUCUAAAUCUCAUUCAAGUGUAUUAUCGUCACGAAGUUUUUCUGAAGCUGAGAGAUUGAAAGCAUCCCCGACUGUUACUGCAAAGAAGUCUGGUACUUUAGACGCAAAAACAGCACAAGCAGCUUUGGAAUCAUUUGAAAAGGAAGAAAUAGCGAAGAAAUCACCGAAAUCACCAUGGGGCAAAAUGAAAACAAUGAUUCAAAUUCGCCGUGAUCAUCGCCAACCUAAAAGUGAGAGUAGUAGUAGUUCCCCUCGGGAUGCUAAAAAUGGCAAACAAACCAUUUUACCACCAGAGUCAACAUGUGGCCAUUCACCAAACAGACGGCAACGGUCAAGCCACCGUCCAUCUUAUCAAGAAACAGCAACUGAAAAUGAUUUUUCCGCCCACACUGGCCAGUGCAAUGGUCGGAACCACCAGAGGCUGGACCCUGGGUUUUCCGAACAGCAGCACCGACAUCGUCAAAAAUCUCCACAAAAGCACAACUAUAGAAAAUCGUCAGCCCCUCACCUAGAAUCAGAAAGUAAAGUAAAAAUCGAGAAAGAUUUGCUCAAAAAUCAACGAGAAAAUAUUGAAAUCCUCCCUGAUAAUAAGGUUACUAGAGAAAAUGGAAAAAGGAAAAAAAACAAACCUCGCCCUUUACCCCUAGAAUAUUCAGAGGAAAUCACCUGUCACUCACCUAUCAAUGAUGAGGAUAGAGAAGAGGCAAGGAGAUUAGGUAUGUCCCCUUCAACUCACAGAAAGUGGAUGUGGUCAAGAGUUAAGGAUGUCCUUAAAGGCAAACGCGAAGAUGGAGAGCCAAUGUCUGCAUCAGCUCCUUCCAGUCCAGCAUCGGUUGAAGUUUCAAAUUUUCCAUUUGAUGAGGAAAAACCUGAAUCUAAAGAACUGAACUUGGAUUCCGAAUUUCGUAAUCAAAGAUCGGAAAGUGAAAGCACAAAUCCAGUGCUGCUGCCCAAUUCAAAUCCUUCCGCAACGGUUACAGAACUGCUUCGAGAACUUCAACAAAAUUUGAGUGAUGAUUUCAAUAAGAAGUUAGAAGAGUGGCAACGAUGCCGUGACGAAGGAAUUCACAAAUCUCCUGUUCUGGAAGUCGAAAGAAAAGACUCCUUUGGUCGAAUGAGGAAAAUCAGUAAACCUGAAAAGAAAAUGUCUACUGGCGAGAAACUAUCCAAAACUGGCCAUCAGAUACCUAAAAAGGAUUUAAGUUGGUUAGAAAAAGAACAACAGAAAAUCGAAAGAGAAAUCAUCAGACUUACAAAAGAAAAACAAAAAUUCGAAAAACGAGCGAUUCGGUUGAAACAAUUAAAAGAAGCCAUGACAGAUGGCCAAAGAAAGGAAGUUCUGGUGAAAACAUCAGCUGGCGAGUUUCGUUUCGAAGGAAUAUCAGAUGCCUUCACUAAAAAACUUUACGAAUGGGAAACUAAAAAAGGAGUUAAUCCAGAAUUGUCUACAAUAGCUUUACUUGAUGAAUCUUUGAAGCCACCAGUAGAGACCGUAAUAACAGCCGCAGGAUCAAGUUCUGUUGGUUCAAACUCGACGAGGACCUCUCCGGAACCUCCCAAAAACUGCUAUCAAGUUUCCAGAGCAAGUUCCGAACCAGAUUUAUCAGCAACCCAGAAAGAUUCUAGCCCCAAUAACCAAACCGCAAGAUCAAAAUCUGGUGAUACUUUACUCUCUAGUGGUGAUUUGGAAGUUAUUGCCACUUUAGAAGCUGACAAUCCCAUCACUAUUAGACAAGAACAAAAAGAUGUUAUACACCAUACGGAAGAUGGUUAUUAUUCCCUACUGGAAGAAAAUAUGUACCUACUCGACCAAUUAAAAGAAAAGGAAGAAAUAUGUGGCCAUUUACAAAAUGAGUUAGACAGGCUUGACGACAAAACUCAAAAGAAUAAUCGAAAUCAUCAAGAAGAAAUGGAAAAAUAUCGCCAAAAAUUGUGGGAAAUACACAUGUCAAGACCAAGAGAUUUGCAAGGGUCACUGCAUCUCAUUUCUGAGUUGAAAUCACGAAUAGAAGAGUUACAAAAUUGCUCCGAUAAAUUGAAAUCCGACCGUGAGAGACUAGAAGAAAGCUUUCGGUAUCAUAGUAAUCAACAAGCAAGAUUAGCUGAUGAUUUGAUCAAAAAAAUGAGAGAAAUGCAGACUUCGGGUACUAUGGUUGGCUGCAACAGGAGUGGAUACCGCAGAAAAUGGCGUAAGACGAUGAAAUGUGACCCGUUUAGUAUAUCUAGAAUUCAUGAUUUGUCAACGAAGCUUCUGCAACAGGCAAGAGACGUCGAACAAACGUUGAUGGAACGUACCAGACAAGUCUGCCACUUGAGGUGGGAAUUGCUACACAGAGAUAUGUCAGCCGUACUCCUACAAGCUGCCUUGCACAGAGUUACUAGUCAGGGCGAGCCUGUGACCAUACUUCCCACCUGGGACAAGAGAAGAAACAGAUUCAAAAACAUAAAGGCCUGGUCAGUCGAUACUACAACCCGUAGACCGUCUGAGGAUUUAGUUUCUGAUGACUGGUUGCAAGAAAGACUUAAACAGCUGUCUAUGACACCAUACAAUGACUGGGCUAAUAUUGACUUCUCUCCCAAUGACCUCAUGACCACAGCUCAUGAAUUGAAGAGAGAAACUAUAGGAUUAUCAUUGUAUAAACCAGAGGGAAUUUCAGACUCUGAAGAAAAAAAAUCUGCUACAUGUUCCGGUGACUCUGAGAUGGCAGACAGCGAUCGUUACUAUGACACUGGAUCAGCAGUAAACAGUCGAUCUUCUUCCUUUUCGAGUGGACCUGGUGGUCUGAGAGGAUCUCACUCAGACACGAGGUUGUACGAAAGAACACGAGCCCUCCGUCGAAAUUCCUCGAGCAGUAUGAGCUGCGUGGAAGCUAGUGAUAGUUCAAGCCUGCACGACAGCAGCGACAGAGCUCACUUUAUGAUCAAAAAAUUCCCCUGGAGAACACAAUGGAGAUCUUUGGAUAAUGUUUCAUCCUCUUGCUCUUCUAGAAGCUCAAUACAAGAUGAAGACAUCAGCAAAAUGCACUGGCGGUCGACUAGAUCACGAAGCAGAGACCACGAUGCAUAUCAGCAUGACGAUACAUCGUACAGUCACUUACAACAGAAAUAUGGAAGCUUCAAAGAAAUGGACGAAGAGGCUGAAGAACCUAAAGCUGACGUUUCACCAGAAUGGGGCAACCAAUGCCUCAUAACACCAACAGCUAUGCAUUUAGCACGCAUUUCAGAUACUGAAUCAGAAAAAAGCAGAGGCUCACCCCUAUCACAUUUCGGACGAGCCAAACAAGUUAACAUGGCAGGUGGAUUCUCAAAGACAUCAAGAUUCCGUCCUAAGGAAUUUGCUCAUCCCCAACAAUAUUCCAUCAAGCCAUUUCAAGUGCAGGAAGAGGAACCUCAAUUUCCUAUAGAAUGUCACAUGCUUACUUCCAUAAGUGCUGGUGCUGAAAUUGCUUAUGAAUACGGACAUAAGAAUCUGGCUUAUCAGAGCAACACUGAUGGUAGUGUGGAGUCAUUAGAUAAAUACGAAACAGCCAUUAGAGAUGAGGAGUUAACGAUGAGCGACCAUCAGCAAUCUGGAUUGCAACGUAUUGACAGUGAUCAAGAAACUAGAAUAUUGCAAACUUUUUCAGGCAAAAGGAAUGUCGAAGAUCAUUCAUCUCAGCCCAUUAUAUCAGAAGUUCACGAAUCUUAUCCACACCACAGUGGUAUAUCUAAUUAUAGAGAAAAAGAGCAAACAGGGUGCAAUUCAUUAUUAGAAGAAUCAAAACAGUCAGCACCAGGAUCACCAAACAUUUCAAAGAUCAGGUAUAAAGGAACAAAAGGUUUUGGGCAUUCGCCUCGACAGCCUUAUAAAGAAGUAGAGGAUAUGUCUUUUGAAAAUACUAAAAGUGAUAAAAAUAAUGAAUCAUUGCAUAACGUUCCUAGAGAAUUUAACUUAUAACGUAUGUAUAAAUGCCAUAAGACAUUCUGUACUGAGGUAAAUUUUUUUUAAAGUUUUUCAUAUUGUAUAUAAAAGACAAGAAAAUAAAUUUUAAAGAUAAUCUCAA